UCUGCUGCUGCCUCUGUCAGAGUGUGAGCAGAUCUCAGUGAGAUGUCUGCAUCAGAGGAGCGCUCAGGACAGGACCAAAGCCUCCGACGCUGCUGACCAAUCUGUGGAGACCCAGAGGGACUGACAGCUGCAUCUGACAGGAGAGAAGCAACACCUGAAACAUCUCCGUGCUUCAGUGCACAGCUUCAGAAAAGACUGCUUUACACGCAGAGGCCAUGAGUGAGGCGAAGAAAGGUGAGCUAGCCAUCCGGGACAAAGCCAUCCUGCACCAGCAGAGGCGUCUCAAACAAGCCACCCAGUUCACACACAAGGACUCCGCUGACCUGCUGCCCCUGGAUGGACUCAAGAGACUCGGCACAUCUAAAGAUUUGCAACCUCACAGCAUAGUCCAGCGGCGCCUGCUGGCGGGAAACAUCACCCGGCUGCAAGGUGAGGCCCGGGACCCGAGCAGUAGGGUUCGGUCCCCUCUGGCCGACACAAAGGAUGGACCUGCCGAAGUGGAGGAGAGGAGUGAGAGCACAGCGGAUGACUCAACUGAGGAGAGGGAGUCUCUGGAGGAAAGCGAGAAAAGCCUCCGGUCGGACGAGGAGGAUGAUAACAGCGAGGCCGGAGCCGGACGCUCAGCUGAGAAGCCCGAGAGCACGGACAGCUCAACCCGCCUCGCGGCUUUAAUUAUUCAGUGCAAGUGCUGUGAGACCGAAGUCAAGGCAUCCAUCAACACUGGCAGCAUACAUAACCACAUCUCCGUGUCCUGCUGCCAGAGGCUCGGACUGGUGCCCAGUGAGGACAGUUCUCCAUAUGGAGUUAACAGCUCAGUGACGGGUUUGCAGCUGCAGCUGGGCAGACAGACGGCCCGAUGUUCAGCAUAUGUGAAAGACGAUGAGGCAUAUGAACUGUGCCUCGGUCUGCAGACUCUGCUGGAACUUAAAUGCUGCUUGGAUCUGAACAGUCGGGUUCUGAAGCUCCGAGGCUGCGGCGAGGAGUUACCCUUCCUGAACACUGUAAACCAAGGCCCGUGCCAACACGACUCCCACAAGAACCUGUGAGCUGGCUCGACGGCCGGGUGGAGCGAUGCCAUUUGGGUCUGGACUGUCUAAUCAGUGUCUCUCACUGCCAGAACAAGCACAAGCAUCAGCCUCUGUCGUGUCUAAAGUUUACAUCUUUUGCGUUUGCCUGAAUCUAGACAACUGCCAUGAUUUUUCUCCCGUGUUUGUCCACUUUACAGAGCAACGUCUAAUCUCUACAUGUGUAAUCAUUUUUAUGAUCAUAUUUUCUUUUCAAACUCACUCCUCUGUUCUGAUGGGUCGACACGUGAUGUUUUUAAAAGGUGAAACACUGAUCAUUUUAUGGUGGACUUAACCAGAAUAUGUUGCAAAACUUCUUUUUGAAAUAACUAGUAAAUGAAAAGAUGUUGAUUGAAAAUCCAAUUGUCUGUUUGAAGAUUUUUCGCUGUAUGGGUAUGACGUCUAGAAACUUUUUCCGAAUAAAACCUAAUGUAGAAGCUGGUGUUUAAAUGCUGAACUGUGUGGAAAUUAAAAGUUGUGUUCUGGAAAAUCGAGUCAGUAUAAACACAUUAAAACAAAGUCACAACCUCCA